UUUACAUAAUCGCGAAGUGGCCGGAAAAACUUCAUGAGCCUUCUUUUUUAAGAUCAAAUGUUCUAGCGACGAGCGCGUUAUCCAUUCUGCAGAAACCUCGCUUAUUUCAGACAAGCCUGUUGCCUUCCUAGUUCCUACAUUAAGAAGAUAUCACACAUAUUUCACGCGUUGGUCGUCUAGAUAGCAGUGGUGUAACGCAGUCUGGUAAUCGAAACUUAAAGAGCCCAUUUUUCAUGUGAAUCGAAAGAAACACACGUAAAUGAAUGUAAAAUGCGUUUUGUUUUGUUUUCUCAGAGUACACAGAGUACCUGGCGAUGAAUGAGCCUAUGUCAGACAGGUUUAUGUUCCGGAAAACGUUCCUUUAAUUUGCAGUCAUUUGUCAUCUACGGAAAGUUUUUGUUCAGCUUCUCUGGCUAAUGGAAGCAGGACCAGGACGUUACGUUGCUUUGCUUAAUGAACUCGCACAGAAAAAAUGUUGGACUGUGGAAUAUCAGGAGGUGAACACAGAAGGGCCAGAUCACUCUAAAACAUAUACUACAAGGGCAGUUGUAAAGACCAAUUCUGGAACCAGGAUUUUUCCUGAUGCUUCUGGGCGGAACAAGAGAGAAGCUAAGCAAAAUGCUGCAAAGAAUGCCUUUUGCUGUUUGGAAAAGGAGGAACCUGUUAAUUCAGCAAGAGCAUAUUGCUCAUCUGACAGCUUUCCAAAAUUGACUCAACCCAACUACACUUGUUGGCUUAAUGAAUAUGCUCAAAAGAACAAAAUAUUUUUCAAGACUAAGGAAAAAACCGUCAUGAAUCCAGACUUGAAUGCUCAAUUUUCAUAUGCUUGUCAGUAUGUAUGUGGUGAUAGAGAAUUCCCAGAAGCUGUUGGCAAAGGAAAGAAAGAGACGAAGGAGGCAGCAGCUAAAUUAGUUCAUGAAGAACUUUUUAAGGAACAGAAAACGGUGGUCAGUGAUGAAAAUGGUAAUGGAGUACAAAAUCCAAAUAUCUCAUGCCUUGGCUCUACUCUGAGACAUCUAAACCUGAGCUCAUAUGAGAGCACUAAAGCAGACCAGAAUUUCAAAGGGAUUAUCAAUCAGUUUUGCCAAAAGGCUAAUUUAGUCCAUGAUUUUAAAUUGGUGGGAAAAAGAGGGCCUGCACACGAUCCUGAAUUUGUGUUCACAGUUGUUAUAAACAAAAAAGUAUACCCUGAAGGACGGGGAAAGACUGCAAAAGAGGCACAACAGAAUGCAGCUCAGCAGGCUUGCUGUCAAAUUAUCAAGGAGUCUCGCUCGAACAGUCAGAAUUCAAAUCAAUCAACUAGUCUUGAAGAUAAUUCAUCAUCUCAAACCUCAAAUACUGAGCUUGAUGAUGAUGAUUUCAGUUCAUCAAAGAGUAUUUCUAAAAACCAGAACACAAGUGAGUCUAUUGUCUUCAGACACUCUUCUGUUGAAAAGCAAAACGUCAUGAGCCCUGUAUCAGAACUACGCCCUUUGGAUACAAGGCCAAAACGAAAACUAGCACCAAAUUUCCAAAUUUCACCAGGCAGGAGUAAAGAGGAGGCACCCAGUAUGAAUGCUCAGAACCUGGCGAAGCCCUCAACAAAGGCAAAUUCAGCCUUCAACCAAUCUGAUAAAUCAAGGUUUUUAGAAGAAUUUGAUUCAAUAACACGAAUUGGCAAAGGAGGCUUUGGUUGUGUUUUUAAGGCUGAACGAAAACUUGAAAAGAAAUAUUAUGCUGUUAAGAUGGUGAAGUAUACAGAGAAAGCCCGCAGAGAGGUGGAUGCUUUGGCAAGUCUUGAUCACACCAACAUAGUGCGAUACUACACCGCAUGGAUUGAGGACACUGCAUACAGUGAUGAAGCCUCAGACAGCUCCAGCACUUCAAAUUCAGGCAGUGGUUCAGUACCGAAGUUCCUCUAUAUUCAGAUUGAGUUCUGUGAGGGGAAAACUCUGUCUGUGUGGAUUGAGGAAAGGAAUUCUCAACGAAAACAAAACACAAAACGGAGGCAGGAAGCAACACAGAUCAUGAAACAGGUCCUGGAGGCAGUGAAAUAUGUCCAUUCCAAGAAACUUAUUCACAGAGACCUCAAGCCUGCAAACAUUAUGUUUGGACAUGAGGGAGGAGUGAAAGUGGUGGACUUUGGACUUGUUGCUGCAGAAGAUGCAGACAACGAUGGAGGUCUACUGGAACGGACUAACAGGACAGGAACCCGUUCUUACAUGAGCCCAGAACAAAUGAACCAAUCCUCCUAUGACAGAAAGGUGGAUAUUUUUGCUUUAGGCCUUAUUUACUUUGAGCUGCUUUGGCACCUUGGAACAGUGAAUGAAAAGCAAAAGAUCUGGGCAAAUAUAAGAAACAAGGACCUUCCAAAAACAUUCCACGAGAUGUUUGGUUUGGAGCACAAGCUAAUUCAAAAAAUGCUGUCCUGCAAUCCUGAGGAACGACCAGAUGCCAUCGAAUUGUUUUCACAGCUGGAAAAAAACACAAUAGUGGACCAUAACGUACAACAAGAAAAUAGGACAUACUGAUGAACAAUACUGUAGAAUAUUUGAAGAAUUCUAGACUUGUGCUAAAUAUACACAUAUAGUAAUAUUAUUUUAUAUGAUAAUAUUAAUAUCAUACAAAGUGAUUAAGAAAAAAAAUAGGUCAUAUGGUAAAUGCUGAUCAUUUGUAUUUUCCAAAUCAUGGAACACAAUUCACUUCAUAUCAGAGAAGCAGUUUUGUAAACAUACAAAUCAAAUGAUUUAAACAAUUUUACUUUUUUGAUUAAUCUGAUUUUGUUAUUUCCUCUAUACUGUAAAAAUGUGUCUAAUAGUUACUUAAAAACUUCUGGAAAUUCGGACUCGUAUAAUUGAAUAGGUUUUAAUUACAAAAAUCUUAAUUAAAAUGUUUUGAAUGUGAAUUAAAUUUAAGCAAAAAUGUUAAUUAAAAAAAGUUAAAAAGUGUUAAUGUUGAAUUUAGUAAUAAAUGUUGAAUUACUACAAGUAUAUUAAUAUAUAGAGCUAAUAUAUAUUAAUAAUAUUAUUACUAUUAAUAUAUAUUAAUAAUAUUCAGUAAGUA